AUGGAGUAUUUAUUAGAAGUUGUUGCUGCUAUUGAUAUUGCUUUCUCAAAUACAAAUUCAUUUAUUCGUUCAAUUUUAUAUGAUUUGAAUUCUAAUAUUCAAAAUUUUAUAGCAAAUUAUAAUUUAACUUUGAAAAAUCUUAAUGAAGUUCAAAUUGAAACAAGUGGUAUUCCAGGAAUGUACAAUCAAAUUGAUUGUCGUCGUUUUUUUUGUAAAGCUUCAUCGACGGCAGUAUAUUUUGUUCAUCUGGGAACUAUUCUCAAUACAAACUAUCCGUUAAAUAUUGAAUGGUUGCAGCAAAUCACGCAGGCUGAUCCCAUUGAUGUUCUAGUGGUAUCAUGUGCUUAUCCAGAUUUAUCCUUUCAACGAUUAGAGAUAAUGAAUUGGAAUUUUCAAACAACUUUACAAAGAUUCGAAUCAGAAUUGCCUAUUGUUUUAACAAAAUUAAAGUUUGCUUUUUCUCGUCGUGAGAAUCGUCAACCGAUUCUGAUAUGGAUAUCACCUAUUCCACAUACGAUUUUGAAUGACAUACAAAAUCGUCAAUUUGUUGAACUUACUAGCAUCUGUUUGAGUAUAACCAAUCAACUCGAAUUCGAACAUUUAACACGUAUGCAUCCAUGGUGCGAUAAUUAUAAGACUUUGUUUGUCAAAGAAGGAUGUCAUUUUUCACCAACAGGAAUUCGUCAUCUCACAAAUCAAAUAACUGAAAUCAUUUCAAACAAACAACAUUGUCGAUCAUAUGUCGAUCUUCUACAACCAAUAAAUGUACCCAUUCCAAUUUCUCAACUACCAUUUCCAAUCAUCGAUUUAGCCUUUCCUGAUCCGACAGAUCUGAAAAUUAAACAGAAAAAAAAAGUUCGUAAACCUCAUCGCAAGAAAGAUCGCAAACGUCGUCGCAAGAAACGUCUCAAUACCGGUGGCAAACUAAAAUCAACUUAA